AUGGGUCGUCAUCACUUCACUUACGAAGAAUUCACGACGGUGCUGUGUCGAGUGGAGGCCGUGCUCAACUCCAGGCCACUCACACCGUUGUCAUCCGAUCCAGCCGACUUGGACUACCUAUCGCCGGGACACUUUCUUAUCGGCCAACCACUACUUGCCGUGCCGCCUCGGACAUCGACAGAGGACAAGUCUAGUCUGGUGAACCGGUGGAAGUUGUUGGACCAAUGUCACCAGGCGUUUUGGCGACAAUGGUCCACCGAGUACCUGACCACACUGCAGGCACGCACAAAGUGGUCGAGCGGGUCCCCCAAUAUCCGUCUAAACGAUGUCGUCGUCAUCCGGGACAACCAGUCUCCCCCAUUGUCGUGGCGAAUGGGACGGGUGAUCGCACUGUUGCCAGGAGCCGACGGUGCAGUACGCGUGGUCCGUUUGCGAACCGCCCACGGCGAAGUGACUCGCCCUGUAGUGAAGUUGGUCGUCCUGCCCACCGAAGGGACCUGCCCAGGUACCCCCUGUUAG